CAUCUUCUGAGCGCGACAGACUACCCACGAGAAGAUUCUUAAUCCCGCUAAUCAUUUGCAAUUGGCCUCCACUCCAGUAGCAGUCCUUAAGCCUUCAACCUUCGAACAUGGGAACUCCAGCGAUGGCACUCGCCAUUCCCCGGACAAACCGUGAAACACGGUCUUCGACUCAAUCCCAGACUUCGAGAUCACGUUGCGCUGAGCAAGCAAGAUUCAAAUAUGCAGGAACCACAUGCACCGGGAGAAUCGAGAAGCAUCGAACAAAACUUACCGACAAAUCAAAGAAAGCGGCCAAAUCUAAGUCAAGCCCGAAAUCUUCAAAAUUAGAACCCAGAGCAAAACCGAAACGCUCCAACGAGGACGAACAAGAACAUGCAGAGCCUGAUUCAUCGAUUUUUACGCCGGAAAAUGUAACAGUCUUCACUGUUGACUCCUCACUCGUUAAGAAGCCCAUUAUCUGCCACCAAUACGCUCCCUCCACCCCGCCACCAUCUUCGUCAACCGUUGGUCCACUACCAUUCAUAUUCACUCACGGCGCAGGCGGCACCCUCUCCGCCCCCGCAGUCGUGCACUUUUGCACCGGCUUCUCCUCCACCUCUGCCUCCCCCCUCCUCGCCUUCCAAGGCUCCAUGAACCUCGGCGCGCGCGUGAAAGGAUUUAAUGCGUGUCGUGCACACCUUGAGUCGCACAACGGACCACCAGGUGAUGCAGCAAAGCCAUUGGUGUUUGGAGGGAGGAGUAUGGGUGCGCGCGCCGCUGUUACGGCUGCUACGGAGCUUUAUGACGAGGUGCAGGGGAAGCAAGGAGAGGAUGGAGCGAGUGUGGGGGCAAGGUUAGUGUCUGUGAGCUAUCCGUUGCAAGGACCGAAUGGUGUCAGGGAUCAGAUAUUGUUGGAUUUGCCGAGGGGGGUGGAGGUGUUGUUUAUUGUGGGGGAUAGGGAUGCGAUGUGUCCGCUUGAGCUGUUAGAGGAGGUUAGGGGGAAGAUGAAAGCCAAGACCAGAGUAGUGGUGGUGAGGGGCGCAGAUCAUGGGAUGAAUGUGAAGCCUGCCCAUAAGACGAAGGAGCUGGCUGAGGAGACGGGGAGGGUGGCGGCCAAGUGGUUGUGUGGGGAGGUAGGGAACGAGGGCGUGACGUUAUACGUGGGCGAAGGAGAGUAGAU